AUGUCCAUAACAAACCCCUUCUCCCAAACGGGUUCCGCCCCACAAACUUCCGCCGAAAUGAAAUCCGCCAUAAUAACCCAAGUCCAACAAGAAACAGCCAUGAGCAAUGCUCGUGCCCUUAUAAGUAAAGUAAACGAAAACUGCUUCGAAAAAUGCAUCCCAUCCCCCGGCUCCAGCCUCUCCUCCAAGGAGCAAUCCUGCCUCACCUCCUGCAUGGAGAAGUACAUACAGAUGUGGAACGCCACGAGCCGCGCAUACAUCGCGCGCAUAGGCCAGGAGCAGAAGGCGGCUGGGCUGGGUGGUAGUGGUGGUGGAGUAUUUUAA